AUGAAUCAUAUAAAUUUUUUUAGAUAUUUCUCUGAAAAAAAUAGACAAAAAAAUAUUAUUCCUUCAGAUGAAUCUCAUUCAAUACCAAUGCAAAAAAAUGAUUUCAAAAAAUAUUUUAAUUUUAUAAUUACAAAAAAAAAAAAAAAAGAAAAGAAUAAAGACAAAAUUAAUGAACUGAAUAAUGACGAUAAAGUAUUUAACGAAUCCAUUGUUAAUACAUUUCAAGAAAAACCUUUAAUGUAUGACAAAAAUAAUGACACUAAUGCAAAGAUAAUUAAAAAUAGAUACAGCGAAAAAUCAAAACAAGUUGAUGCUAUGUUAAAACAAGGUAAUAAAUACUCAAAUAGAAAAAGUCAUGUCAUUGAAGGAACUAAAUUAUUAAAGAUUAAGGAGUAUAAAAAUAAAAAAGGAAAAUUAUAUAAAAUACUUUUUUUGAAAAAAAACAAUUAUAAAAAUGAAAAGAGAGAAGAUAUUUUAAAGGAAAGUGUUAACCAUCAAAUUGUUCCAUCAGAAAAUCAAAUAAAUGAUUUUAAAAAUAUAUUAGAUAAAGAAAGUUUAAAUGAUUCAGAAGAAAGGAAUAAUAUGUAUAAUAUAUUUAUUAAAAAAGGAAAAGAGUUAAAUAACUUGGAUAAAUACAAGGUUAAUAAGCAUUUUUUAUAUAAUAAUAUGUUAUAUAGUAAGAGUCUAUCAGAUGAAGAAAAAAAAAUAAAUAAAAAAUAUAUAAACAGAAAUAAAAAAGAAAAUAUAAAUUUUAUAUUUAAUCAGGAAAGCUAUAAAACUAGUUAUUGGAAUUUCAUAAAUAAUUCAAAAAAAAAACUAAACGUUCAUAGUAGUGUUAAUGAAAGAAAUGAUUAUAUUUCAAAAAUAAAUAAAAAAUACAAUUUUGAUGAUAAAAGCAAAAGUGAGGACAAAAAGGAAAAAAUAUUUUAUAAAGAUAAUAUGGCUAAUUGUACUUUGAAUAGAAAUAAUAAAUUAAUGAUAAAUGAUGAAUGUUUAUAUAAGCAUGAUGAAGAUGAAGAGUUAAGAAAAAGGAAAUUAAGAAAAUCAGUUUCAUUAACCAAUGAAAAAAAAAAAAAAAUGAGACCUGAAAGUUUUAUUUUUUUAAAGGUUAUAGGGAAAGGAUCAUAUGGUAAAGUAUUGCUAGUAAAGCACGUUCAAAAUAAUAAGUUAUAUGCAAUGAAAAUAUUGAGAAAAGAAAAUAUAAUAUCAAAAAAUCAAUUAGAACACACAAAAAUAGAAAGAAAUGUAUUAAAAUGUGUUUCUCAUCCCUUUAUAGUGAAAUUAUAUUACGCUUUUCAAACAUCUAAAAAGUUAUACUUCAUAUUAGAAUAUUGCCCUGGUGGAGAAUUAUUUUUUCAUUUAUCGAAAUUAAGAGAGUUUUCUGAAGAAGUAGCUAAAUUUUAUUCAUCUGAAAUUAUUUUAGCUUUACAAUAUUUACACAACUUAAAUAUUAUAUAUAGAGAUUUAAAACCUGAAAAUGUUUUAUUAGAUGAACUUGGCCAUAUAAGACUAACUGACUUUGGAUUAUCAAAAGAAGGAAUUACUGAUAACAAUUCAGCAAAAUCUUUAUGUGGUACUCCAGAAUAUUUAGCACCUGAAAUUAUUGAACAAGUAGGCCAUGGAAAAGCGGUGGAUUGGUGGAGUUUAGGAAUAAUGAUCUAUGAAAUGUUAACUGGGAAUUUACCCUUUAAUAGUUCUAAUAGAAGUGUUUUAUUUGAAAGAAUCAAAUAUGAGAAUUUAACGUAUCCUAAAAAUAUAUCUCCUACAGCUAUUGAUUUAUUAAAAAAAUUAUUCGAAAAAAAUCCUAAUAAAAGAUUAGGUUCAGGAGUAACAGAUGCAGAAGAAAUAAAAAGACACCCUUUUUUUAAAAGUGUUAAUUGGGAUGAUGUAUUAAAUAAAAAAGUUAAACCUCCUUUUAAACCUCCUUUAUUUAAUCAAAUAGAUCUACAAAAUUUUGAUAAGGAAUUUUUAUGUAUGCCCUUGAGAUAUUCAGAUCAAUUUGAUACAGAUCCAAUGUCAAGUUCACAAAAAAAUAACAUAAUUAAUAAUUUUAACUACAAUAAUUAUGAAUGA